CCCCUUCCUGUCCCUCCAACUACCUUACACUACUACUCUCUCCAUCCUCUCCACCUCUCCCGUCGCCCUGCCGCCUCUCUAUCUUAAUGCCUCUCCGUUCCCGUUGAUCUUAAUAUUAAUCCUUCCCUCGCGACGUCAACGCUCCAUCGUAUUUCCAGUCACUCGUUCCUGGACGUGCAGGCUCCCGACGUGUCGACGACCAUCACUCGCUCUCAUACCUACGGCCACUGUACUCUAUCCUACGUACAUACCUCCGUCCCCUUUUCAUUGAUCAGGCCCUGUUCCUCCUACCUCUCGACAAGAAAGAUUCUCUGCCUCUUCAAUUCGAGUUCUCCUCGCAAAACCCGAGGUGUCGUCACUGCCGCCUCCCCAGCCUCCGUGGCAACCCUCAGACAGAUAAGAGACACUUAAACAACCAAACAACAACAACGAUCGUUUAAUCAAGAUCAGUCAAGAGCCGUUACUAUUACAGUCAGACCGUCAAGAUGUCUACGGCGAAUCCGGGACAGCGCCAGAGAGCGAAGAGCUCCUUCAGCUUCCGCUCGAAUCACUCGGCGAAGAGCAGUGGCAGUAAUAAGAUCGACCUACACGAAACGCACGAUGAGAAGGAGUCGAGAAGGCUCAAUAGCAAAGCCGACCCGUCAUUGGCCAUCCAUGAAGCCGAGCCAUCUGCCGUUGCAGCCAGCGUGAAGACAUCAUUGGCAUCGAUUCGGGCGAUUCAACACCGCGAUGCCCAGGGAAACCCCAUUGCCGACCCCGAUCUAUCGAAUCCUACGCGCAGUCGAUGGGAGAGACCGCUGGACACAAUCCGCUCCUUCGAAGCGGCCAUUGAUGGAAAUUAUUCUAGGAAGCCAUACUCGCGCUCAGAUUCUGCGGAUUCAUCAUCGAAUCACGGGCGCAGAAACAGCUACUAUGGAGGAACCCAAGUAACGACAGAUGACAGAUCUAAAUCUUACCAGAAUAGCUACUAUGGUGGCCGUCCCCAGCCGCAGAGGUCAGAAAGCUCCUAUAUGGAUGGCCGAAAUGGCUACAACAACGGUGCAGAGAAUGGCCGCAAUGGAUACUAUCCCAACCGUGCUCGAUACCCGCGAACUUCCUCCGAGCCGCACUUCAACAAUGGCCAGGCUGGUGGUUAUGCUGCGGCUCCGAAUCAACAAGCAUAUGAUAGUGCGACCACGGCGUCGGGAAGUGGGAGUUCUGGAGAGCAUGCGGGCUAUUCGACCGAUCCUAGCAGUGAGAACACAUCUGAAAGCUACGGAUACGACGCUUAUGGCGGCAAUCCUCUCCAAGGCCAGGCUGAGCAAUAUGGUGCGAACGGAGCGCAGGCGCAAGGCUAUGGAUACCCAAACCAGGGACAACCGGCACUGUCACGGAUGGAGAGUGCUGGGCCCAGGGUACCGAUCAAGCUCGGAUCGAGCAACGAGAGUGCCGCGUCCAACGUUCCCGCUCCCGUCGCCGCUCCCGCCGCCGCCCCUGCUGCGCCGCCGGCUGAAGAGAAGUCGCGCAAGGGCUGGUUCGGAAAACGUUUCAGCAAAAACUCGUGAGGUGAUGCUUCCUCUGUGAUAUAAACGCUGAGGCUGGGUGUGGAGUUCUGGGAGAAAUACGCAAGCGGGACGAGCUGGCCGGGGGUCCAAGUUCGAUCGAUGGUAAUGGUCAAUGGGG